AUGUAUAGUACACUGAACCAACCUACAUCUAACUCGUCUUUGAAGCAAAGACACUUGAGUCAUCUAAAUUCUCAAUUAGCACAAUUACAUGCCAAUUUAUCUGACUUUAAUGAAUUGAUAAACACCACAUCAGCACAGUUUAAAUCAAUAGAGAAAAUGGGUAUAAUGCACGGAUCGUUAUUCAUGGCAAGUCAUACAGUAUUUGAAAAUGAUAACUUCAGUCUGAGCGAACGUCAAGUCUAA